AUGCCUCCCAAGCUCGACCCAUCCCAAGUCGUUGAAGUUUACGUCCGCGUCACCGGAGGUGAAGUCGGAGCGGCGAGUUCCCUCGCUCCCAAGAUCGGUCCCCUCGGUCUCUCUCCAAAGAAAAUCGGAGAAGACAUCGCAAAGGAAACCGCUAAGGACUGGAAGGGUCUUAGGGUUACCGUCAAGCUGACUGUUCAGAAUCGUCAGGCGAAGGUUGCUGUUGUUCCGUCUGCGGCGGCGCUGGUUAUCAAGGCGUUGAAGGAGCCGGAGCGGGACAGGAAGAAGACGAAGAAUAUUAAGCAUAAUGGGAAUAUUUCGCUGGAUGAUGUUAUUGAGAUCGCCAAGAUUAUGAAGCCGAGGUCGAUGGCGAAGGAGCUGGCGGGGACUGUGAAGGAGAUUCUGGGGACCUGUGUUUCGGUUGGAUGUACUGUUGAUGGGAAGGAUCCCAAGGAUUUGCAGCAGGAGAUCAAUGAUGGCGAUGUUGAAAUUCCCCAGGAUUGA